CGCGCACUGAGCGCAGGAGAUGAGCUUAAGAUCAUCUUGGUGGGGAGCCCGGGACUGGAGAGGCCUCUGCCCCGCCGAUCCGUGCGGGCCAACUUUAUGCGGGGCUAGCCAGACCGUGUUUCAUUGCCCGCUGCGUGGCCAACAGCGGGGUUUUGAAGAUCAUGAUCACAUGGAUGUAUCUAACUAAAUGGUACCUGGGGACAUGGUGGUCCUUUAGAGAGCACAUCUAAGUUACUGGCUAAUUCCUUUGUUUGCCACUCAACAUUGGACAUUACUUGAUUCUAUCUACCAGAACUCUCCUAAAUUUCCCCACCAUGCUAUCUUUAUCAGCUUGAACUCCUUUCCUAAAAUGGUCCUUCUCUUGAUCCUGUCAGUCCUGCUUUUGAGAGAAGAUGUCCGUGGGAGGGCACAGUCCAGUGAGAGGAGGGUGGUGGCUCACAUGCCAGGUGACAUCAUCAUCGGAGCUCUCUUUUCCGUCCACCACCAGCCCACCGUGGACAAGGUGCACGAGAGGAAGUGCGGGGCAGUCCGUGAACAGUAUGGCAUCCAAAGAGUGGAGGCCAUGCUGCACACCCUGGAGAGGAUCAACUCAGACCCCACGCUCUUGCCCAACAUCACCCUGGGCUGCGAGAUAAGGGAUUCCUGCUGGCAUUCAGCCGUGGCCCUCGAGCAGAGCAUUGAGUUCAUCAGGGACUCUCUCAUUUCUUCUGAAGAAGAAGAAGGUUUGGUGCGCUGUGUGGAUGGCUCUUCCUCUUCCUUCCGCUCCAAGAAACCCAUCGUAGGGGUCAUUGGGCCUGGCUCCAGUUCUGUGGCCAUUCAGGUCCAGAACUUGCUCCAGCUUUUCAACAUACCUCAGAUCGCUUACUCAGCAACAAGCAUGGACCUGAGCGACAAGACUCUGUUUAAGUACUUCAUGAGGGUCGUGCCCUCAGAUGCCCAGCAGGCCCGGGCCAUGGUGGACAUAGUGAAGAGAUACAACUGGACCUACGUGUCAGCCGUGCACACAGAAGGCAACUAUGGAGAAAGUGGAAUGGAGGCUUUUAAAGAUAUGUCAGCCAAGGAAGGGAUUUGCAUCGCCCACUCCUACAAAAUCUACAGCAACGCAGGGGAGCAGAGCUUCGAUAAACUCCUGAAGAAGCUCAGGAGUCACCUGCCCAAGGCGCGGGUGGUGGCCUGCUUCUGCGAGGGCAUGACGGUGAGAGGUCUGCUGAUGGCCAUGAGGCGCCUGGGUCUUGCAGGAGAAUUCCUGCUUCUGGGCAGGUCAUCCUUUGAAAAUUAA